AUGAGUGUACUGCCAUAUCGAUUCAAGGCCGGCAACGAUAGUAAGCCAAGUACAAAUAUGGCGCAAGACCAGCAUCAUCACCGCUCGACGACCAAGUCCACCAACAAACCUUUCAAGACGAAGCACGCUACCAAAGGCGCGCUGAAGGAGAAGAGCAAGGGCAAAGUCGAGUCACUCGAGACGGGAUCGCGCAAGACGCCACACCAGCAAGUCAUGUCGAAGAUUGAUCGCCGAAACCGUGCCAGGCAGCUGAGGAUCAACCACCAUGCCGAUCGAGAGGACAAGGGAGCUGUCUUCACAGGCAAAGAUGGCGCGCCACGCAUUGUGGCACUGGUCGCGCUUUGCGGUGAUAGCCAUGUCGAGUCUGUCGCCCAGCGCCUGAAUGAAAGUGUAGGCAUCGAGGCACAGGAUGUAACGAAGGCUACCGAGGUGCCUCGCUUCAAGCAAAAGGUGCAGUACAUCUGUCCGCGACGGGAGCUGUUCUCAACACUGGAUGCAUGCAGAAGUGCCGACUUUGUGCUUUUUGUGCUGAGCGCAAAUGAUGAGGUCGAUGAGCUUGGAGAGUCGAUGCUGCGAGCGAUUGAGUCACAGGGCGUGGGUACAGUCUUGACGGGAGUGCACAAUCUCGAUAAGGUGGAGCCAGUGAAGAAGAGGCCGGAUGUCGUCAAGAGUCUGAAGAGCUACAUCACCCAUUUCUUCGCCUCGCAGGACAAGGUACAUGACCUGAGCAACAGACAAGACUGCAGCAACGUCAUGCGCUCGCUGUGCACACUCAUGCCCAAGGGCAUUCGGUGGCGAGAAGACCGGAGCUGGAUGCGCCUGGACGAUGCACGCUGGGAGGGUGAGCAAUAUGUGGUCACUGGCCAUGUGCGUGGUAAAGGCCUCAAAGCAGACCGCCUGGUCACACUGGGGGACUGGGGCGAUUUUCAGCUUGAGAAGAUCACCGCAGCGCCACUUCCCACCAAGUCCAAGCGAACAAAGACGGACGAAAUGGCACUUGAUACCCCUGCUGGUGAGAUCACCCUGGAGACACCGACAGAAGAGCAGGAUGACUUAGCGGAGCUUGCUCCAGAGGAGGCGACCAUGGACGAUGUCCCCACCGCAUCAAUCGCGCCCUCAGAACGCAAAGCGGUACUUCUGGACGACCACCAUUACUUCCAUGAUGACGAGAGAGAUGCUGUACCAGCACCCAAACGAUUACCACGCGGGACGAGCAAAUACCAAGCAGCAUGGUACUUGGAUGAUGUAUCUGACUCAGGAUCUGAUCUAGAAGAUGUUGACGAUGAUGAUGACAUGAGCUUGAACGGAGAAGCACCUGCAGCUGGACCUGCGGACGGCCACUUUGACGACUUCAUGCAAGAGCCUACGGAAGGCGCGCCAACUGAAUACCCCCAGAGUGAGUACUUUGCGGACAAUGCACCCGAGGAUGAGGCAGAUCAGAUCGAGGCGUACCGAAAGCAACGCCGCGAUGAUGCUGAGGAUGACCUGGAGUUUCCGGACGAGAUCGAGCUCCACCCAGGCAUGAAUGCACGAGAGAGACUAGCACGCUACAGAGGCUUGAAGAGCUUGCGGACAAGCCACUGGGAGACCGAGGAAGACAGACCAUACGAGCCUGAGGACUGGAACAGACUCUUGGAGAUCAUGGACUACAAGUCCGUCAAGAAUAGAGUAGUCAAGGAGGCCAUGUUUGGUGGCGUCAAGCCGGGUUCCAGAGUCAGCGUCUAUGUUCGCAUCCCACAAGAUCGCGUCGCAGAGCUUCAGGCGCUCCCAGCACCGACGGCUUUAUACUCCCUCCUCAAACACGAACACAAGCGCUCGGCUAUUAAUGUCUCCAUAUCUCUUUCCUCGGAUUAUCCAGGGCCGAUCAAAUCCAAGACCGAAAUGAUCAUGCAAUGCGGUCCUCGCCGUCUAGUCAUCAAUCCACUCUUCUCACAAGGCGGCAACACCCCGAACAACGUCCACAAGUUCGAUCGAUAUCUCCAUCCAGGCCGCACUGCAGUUGCAACCUUCAUCGGACCCGUAACAUGGGGUAGUGUGCCUUGCCUUUUCUUCAAGUCUCCCGAUCAGAGCGAAUAUCCGAACGGCCAGCUCUGUGACACGCCACCCUCAUCAGAGCUCGAAAUGAUCGCCACAGGAACCACAUUGGCACCAUCCACGUCUCGAGUGAUCGCCAAGCGCAUUAUCCUCACAGGACACCCGUACAAGAUCCACAAGAAACUUGUCACCAUCCGGUACAUGUUCUUCUCCAACGAGGACGUGGAAUACUUCCGUGCUCUGCAACUCUGGACGAAGAGGGGACGAAGUGGAUAUGUCAAAGAGCCUCUUGGUACGCACGGGUAUUUCAAGGCGACGUUUGAUGGCAAGGUAAAUCCGUUGGAUUCAGUGGCGGUCAGGAUGUACAAGAGAGUGUACCCCCGACAGGCGAAGUUGUUCAGGGCCGUGCAGGGAGAUGAUGUGCCGGAACUGGUGUCGGCUGUGGAGGAAGUCAAGAUGGCUGAAUAG